UUAAAUUAUUUAAUUAUGGUGGAGAUUCAAAGAAUUUAUGUAUUCCUGGCUAUUUUCACCAUUGUAUAUUUUCUUGAAGCUAUAGGCGGGACUUAUAUGGUAACAGCAGUACAGAAUAUCGAAAGGCAUUUUAGGAUUCCUUCAAAAUUGUCGGGUCUACUCGUCUCAGCACAUGAUAUCUCCUAUGUAUUAACAGUGGUAUUGGUCUCUUAUUACGGCUCUAGGGGCACCAUAGUUAUGGCAGUAGCACACAUAUUGACUGCCUCUUCCAACUAUUUAUUUCGCAGCAAUCCUGCAAAAUUAAACUUGACACAAAUGGAGGUUAGGCUAAAGCCCAAUGCCAGCUUGUUAGAGUCAUCUCCUCUAACUACAAACAUAUCAACUUUGAAAGAAUUUUUUGACUUUGAACCUAUUAGAGACAGAAUAUCCCCUCAUUUACGUGAAGCAUUAAUAUUUGCUACAAUGGAAAAUAGAAAUUAUUCAAAUGAGAAAAGCAUGGUUGAACUGCUAAAACGUCCAAUCUAUGCGGGGGAAAAUAAAAAGAGUGGGGGAGGGUACGCUUUGGAUGAGCCUUUAAUGGGGGAGGUAAAUUUAAAAAUAUGUUUUCAUACCCAUUGA